AUGGAAAUACUCUUUCCUUUGAUUCUUUGUAUCAAUUUUGUGAUCAUUAUCGCUCGUCCGGAAGCAGAAAAGAAUGUCUUCUGCUUUCACGGCAAGUGGGCGCACUUUCGCAAGGGAAAUGGACACUUUGGCAUAACUGAGAUUGAUCCUUUUCUCUGCACUCACUUGGUUUACACUUACUUCGGCAUUGAUUCUGAAGCCAAUAUCGUGAUUAGAGAUCUGUGGUUGGACUUGGAGGAGAAUUACGGAUUUGGGAACUUGAGGAAGCUAGAAGCGUUGAAGAAAGUCAAUCCCAAACUGAAGAUCUUGAUGGACAUUGGCGGCUGGAAUGAAGGCACUCAGACAUUUUCCUCAGUGGCCAAUGAUGGUACUAAAGUGUUGAGAUUCGUGAAGAAUUGUCUGGAUUUUCUGCAGAAGUACAAUUUUGACGGAUUGACACUGGAUUGGGAGUAUCCUGGCCAGCGAGAAGGCAGCAGAUCCUCAGAUAGAAAUGCAUUUACUCAUCUCGUGAAAUCUCUGGCCAAAGCUUUGCAUGAGAAAAAUCUUAUUUUAACAGCCGUUGUCGAUCCACUGCCAAAUUCUGCUGAAACAUCUUACGAUAUUCCGCAAAUGAGCAAGUAUGUGGACUUUGUCAUGCUGAAGACAAUUGAUAUGCACGGAUCUUGGGCACCUACAAUUGGGCACAAUUCCCCGCUUUACCCAAAAACAUGGGAAGUGAACAUGGAGCGCUUCAUGAACAUUCAAAGCGCGGUUUUUCACUAUCUUAAGAGAGGAACGCCUUCUGAGAAGCUCAUCUUCGGGGUUCCGACUUAUGGGAGGGGAUUUCAGAUGUCCACGGAAGGGAGAAAUAUACCAGGAUCUCCUCACUCUGGCCCUUCGACAGCAGGAAUUCACAGCAACGAUCCUGGCUUUCUGGGCUUCAAUGAACUCUGUGAGAAGCGCUUGACUGAGAAUUGGCAGGAUUUCUGGGACGAAGAGCAGAAAGUGCCGUUUUCCACGAGGGAAGAUCAGUGGAUUGGAUACGACAAUGAGGAAAGCCUCAGAAUCAAGGCGAGAUUCGUGAAGAGCUUCAAACUUGGAGGUUUGAUGGUCAGCAAUAUCGAGACUGAUGAUUUCAAGGGAUUCUGUGGAAGAGGAACUUUUCCGCUUCUCAAGGCGAUUAACGAGGCUUUUAAGGAGAAAAGCCCAAAGGAGUUUCAAAGACGGAGGAAAUUUUGCCCACAAGAGUGA